ACUGGCCACACUCGCACAGGAUCUGGAACUCAGAGGACUCCCGACCCUACGAUGACAGACGAGAAGGUCACCAGGACCUUGGUUUUCGCUGUCUUCACUGCAGCCCUGGGGUCCUUCCAGUUUGGAUAUGACAUCGGCGUGAUCAAUGCUCCUCAGCAGGUAAUAAUUUCCCAUUAUAGACAGAUUUUGGGUAUUCCCCUGGAUGACCGACAGGCUGUCAACAACUACGUGGCCAACAGCACAGAAAGCCCAUCCCCGGUCCUGCACCUGCCAACCUCUGCGCCAGCCGAUGAGACUGAGGAGGAGGUAGUGGCAUCUGAAAACCUAGUCACCAUGCUCUGGUCCCUGUCUGUAUCCAGCUUUGCAAUUGGUGGCAUGAUUGCCUCAUUCUUUGGCGGGUUCCUUGGGGACAUGUUUGGAAGAAUCAAGGCCAUGUUGAUAGCAAACAGCCUCUCAUUCGUUGGAGCUCUCUUGAUGGGGUUCUCGAAACUGGGACCAUCUCAUAUACUUAUAAUCGCAGGAAGAAGCAUAUCAGGACUCUACUGUGGGCUGAUUUCGGGCCUGGUUCCCAUGUAUAUUGGUGAAAUUGCUCCAGUCUCUCUCAGGGGCGCACUUGGCACUCUGCAUCAGCUGGCUGUUGUCACAGGCAUUCUCGUGAGCCAGAUCGUCGGCCUGGACUUCAUCCUGGGCAAUUACGAGCUGUGGCACAUCCUCCUCGGCCUGUCCGCCGUGCGCGCCGUUCUCCAGUCACUGCUGCUCUUCUUCUGCCCAGAAAGCCCCCGGUAUCUGUACAUCAAGCUGGACGAGGAAGUCAAGGCAAAGAAUAGCUUGAAAAGGCUCAGAGGAUUUGAUGAUGUCACCAAAGACAUUAAUGAGAUGAGAAAAGAAAGGGAAGAGACAGCCAGUGAGCAGAAAGUCUCCAUAAUCGAGCUCUUCACCAACCCCAGCUACCAAAAGCCCAUCCUGGUGGGUCUGAUGCUGCACGCGGCUCAGCAGUUUUCUGGAAUCAAUGGGAUCUUCUACUAUUCAACCAGCAUUUUUCAGGAGGCUGGAAUUAGCCAACCUGUUUAUGCAACCAUUGGAGUUGGUGUAGUCAACACUGUCUUCACUGCUGCCUCUGUGCUCCUGGUGGAGAAGGCGGGGCGCCGCUCGCUGUUCCUGGCCGGCAUGGGCGGCAUGUGCUUCUGCGCCGUCUUUAUGUCAGUGGGGCUCGUGCUGCUGGAGAAGUUCCCGUGGAUGAGCUACGUGAGCAUGGUGGCCAUCUUCCUCUUCGUGAGCUUCUUCGAAAUCGGGCCCGGCCCCAUCCCCUGGUUCAUGGUGGCCGAGUUCUUCAGCCAGGGCCCGCGCCCCGCCGCCUUAGCGGUCGCCGCCUUCAGCAACUGGGCCUGCAACUUCAUGGUCGCGAUGUUCUUCCCGUACCUGGCGGACUUAUGCGGCCCUUACAUCUUCUUCUUCUUUGCUGGAGUGGUCCUGGUCUUCACCCUGUUCACGUUUUUUAGAGUUCCAGAAACCAAAGGAAAGUCUUUUGAGGAAAUCGCUGCAGAAUUCCAAAGGAGAAGUGGCUCAGCUGAAAGGCCAGAAGCUGCUGUAGAAAUGAAAUUCCUGGGAGCUUCUGAGACUGUGUAAAGAUCUGCUCUUGAGGUGGCCAGAAACAGACAGGGAACCAUGUUUUUAUGUACAUGCCUUGAACUAUUGUUUAUUUUCUAAAGAGUUUUUAUAGGCUCGGACCAGAAAUGUCAUCAACUAUUACCAAAGAAAGUAUUUUUUUUUAGUUAGAGAAUCCAUUUUUGAUGGUAAGACUAUGUACUUAAGUAAAACAAAAAAGCUAGCUCAUUUUGUUACAUUACAUUAGCUAAAGAGCAAGUGUCUGGAUAUAGUGGCUCAUGCCUGUAAUCCCAGCACUCUGGCAGGUGGAGUGGGGAGGACUGCCUGAGCUCAGGAGUCUGAGACCAGCCUGAGCAAGAGAGAGACCCUGUAUACUAAAAAUAGAAAAAUUAGCCGGGUAUUGUGGUGAGUGCCUAUGGUCCCAGCUACUCAGGAGGCUGAGGCAGGAGGAUCACUUGAGCCCUGGAGUUUGAGGCUAUUGUGAGCUAUGAUGAGUCCACUGUACUCCAGCACAGUUGACAGCAAGACCCUGUCUCAAGAAGAAGGGAGCGAAGAAUAUAUUCUCAUAUUCCCAGCUCCAUUACGUACAGCAAGUUUCUCCUGAAACUGAGGAAGUUUCAUCAGCACAUUAGUAGAACCCUGAAGAUACAACUAACAUUUACAUGUUUAUGAUUAAAUUGGAACAUUCUUACGUACAGAUCUUACACUAAAGAAGGCUUGGCUGGGGGAAGUAAAAUCAGUGCUGAAAUUGACAGUUACUCCAUUUCUCUCAGCUUUUUCUUGAGUACUAGAAUAUUUAUUUUGUUUAAAUUUUUAUAUUUUUUCUGUAUUUUUAUGUGGAAUAGUUUAUUGAGUAUAUUAAAAUAUGUUUACAGAGAAAAUCUUGUAUUUUUGGUAGCCUUACCAAAAUCUUUUAGUACUCAGGAAAAAAAGAAAAAAAAACAUUUUAGUUCCUUUGACAUCCAAAUGGUUUUUCAGGAUUACACACCACAGAGGCUUCCCUUGCUCAUCCGCCCAGUCCUCAGUCAGUAUUAAUCUCUGUUAUAAAACCAGCUGAAUUCCCUGCCAACUCAAUCCUUGAGUUGCCUUUUGUUUUGUUUAUUAAUGGAGCCCAGAUAGUUUUCUGUUAUAAAAUGCAGUCAAUCAUAAAUUAGGCCUUCUGUGUGCAGUGUAUUGCCUCAAAGCCCUAAUAAGUUAGAUCAUCUAACUUAGGGAAAUUUGAAGUAAAGAUUGCUUUAUUUUGUUAAAAAUAUUUUCUGAAUUGUUAUGUCUCCAAAUAAAUUGAAAGGUAGGGUUGGGGGAUUCCUGAGGGGGUCUUCUGAAACUUGUUAAAUGUCAGAUUUGAUCUGAGUCCCUGUUUAAUUUUCCCGCAAAGACUGAGUCUCCUGACCUGAGACAGCUGUCCCCUCCUUCUUGGUCUUAGCCAAAUGCAGAUUCUGUCAGACCCUUCUAUGUCCCUUACUCACAUUGCCUGUCACUGUCAACAUGUCUUUACCUAGGUGGGCAAAUCCUGAAUAAACAAAUGCUUAAAUGGACUGCAGCUUACCGUCAAUUUUACAGUUGCAAAAAUACAGUUCUGAUAGACAACAAAGGAUGAGCAGGGAGCUAACAGAUCCUCAGGCUGUUUUUUCCCACACAAUAGAGCACCUAGUCCAUCUUUCCUAUGUUUGCUUUAACAUACAUUGAAGAAAAGCACUUUCUUAAAAAAAGAGAAAAAAGUAGAAAAUUUGCUUAUAUUUAUUUAUUUUGCUGAAGUUGUUCACAUCUAUGUAAAUUGGCAGCCAAAAAACCUUGAAAUCAUUUGUUUUUACUUUGAGAGAUUUUUUUUUUUUACCCUUGGGCCAAUUUGAGAUGAACUCUUUUCACUUGGGACUUCAGGAUACAGCCAAAGAGAUCGGGGAUCCUUGUGCUAAACUGAGCUCUGGGCAAAGAGGCAGGGCUCCAAACGGAACAGGAGGCAGAAAAUGGGGUGUGCUUUUUGGAAUACUGACUGCUUUGGGAAGCCCAGAGCUGUGAUGCUGAAGGGUAUAAACCCGUAGUGUUUUAGUCCGAUCACUACUCCAGACCUCAUUUACUAACAGAAUAUAGUCAAGUUUUAAGAGCCCUGAAGACUACUUUUAAGUUCUUGUUAGCUAUGUUGACAGCCCACAAACCGCAGAAAUUCAAGGGCUGAUGUUUUCUGCCUCAGAGAAAUUUACUCACCUUACAUUGCUUCCCUUCUGCAGUGUUUUCCUGGCAGAGAAGCACGUCAUUGAAAAGAAAGGUUAAGGGGAAAUAAGAAGUUGACAGAGCUCUAUACAGAAACAAAGAACUAGCUGAAUAUAAUAAAAACUCCAAGGUCUUCAAUGGGAGACAUCAUAAUAAAUAAUAAAAUUGGUACCAAUUAAUUAGGUUUAGUCCCAUGGAAAUCAGGUUGUGUUUGAACACUUAACUUUCCAAGUACUCUCUCAUUUCUGUUUUCAUACUUGAACAUCCUUACAAAUGUGGGCGGGUACAAAGACUGGACUUAUUGGCCGAGUUCUUGCCCCACUACGUCCAGCCUUGCCCACUGUCAUGACACCCAGGAAAGGCUCUCGCCUGCUUCCUCCUCCCUACUUUCCUCCCCAUGAUCAGCACCAUAGCACUGAGAUGUGGUAGGUACCGUCCUCUGCCCUCACGCCCCACUUCAAAGAGCUCACAGUCUAGCAAGGAGUUCAGGAAGACCAGGCAUGGGCAUCCCCAUCAUGCCUUUGGCCUUCCAGGAACGUGGCUUUGAGCCCUCUCUUAUAAAGUGGGCCCAGUGAUCUGACCUACCUCAGAAGGGUGUGAAGAUUAAGUGCAAAGUGCCAAACACAUUGCCUGGUACAAAGGAGGCUCCAAUAAAUGUUACCCAGAAUUAGUAUUCACAGAGAUACUGUUAGGAUAAGGGAUUAUCAUACAUUAGGUAGUUCCAAUUUUUUCUUUUGAAUAAAAGGAGUUUUAUACCUUCAAGACAAUGUUUUCUUUUUUAUGGCCUGGACAAUAGUUCAAAAGAUAAUAUUUUCUUUAAAGAAACAAUCUCAUAAUGAAAAAGGAAUGUUAAAAAUCAGGGAAGAUAUUAGGCCAUCUAAUUCCUAAAUCCAAAUUUGAUAUUUCUAAGUAAGGUUUUAAGAGUUUUUAUUGUAUUUUUAAAAAUUGCUUUGCCUAAGUUAUGUUAUUUUUUAAGGGGUCUAUAUGUAAUAUUAUAAAAUAAAAUGUUGUAUAUCACACUAAGGUAAUAUAACAGGAUUAUAAACAUAGGACAAGACUAAACUUUGUUGAUAAUCUUCAAUGAGUGCAAAGUGCUGCGUGCCUGUGACUCAGAAUAUAUUCAUGAAUUACUCUCAUAGCUGGCUUAGCUUUCCAUAUGUAGCAGGUACAGCAGUUCAGGCAAUGUCUGGUCUUUACAGGGUCCUAAACAGAGGUGCUACAUAAAGUAUAAAAAAAUAUGUAAAGUAUUAUAUAUACACAAAUACAUGUGUAAGUAUAUAAUUUUUCAUUACAAUUCUAUAUUAGUGAGCUGGGGAGAAAAGGUUUAUUGUCAACCACUCUGAUCCAUCUGCUGGUGUUUUUAUUGCUUUCUAAUUUGGUAUACAUUAAAAAGUAUUAUUGUGGGCUCGGCAUCCAUAGCUCAGUGAGUAGAGCGCCAGUCACGUACAGUAAGGCUGGUGGGUUCAAGCCUGGCCCGGGCCUGGUAAGCAACAAUGAUGGGCAUUGUGGUGGGCACCUGUACUCCCAGCUACUUUGGAGGCUGAGGCAAGAGAAUCGCUUAAGCCCAAGAGUUUGAGGUUGCUGUGAGCUGUGACACCACAGCACUCUACCAAGGGUGACAUAGUAAGACUCUGUCUCAAAAAAAAAAAAGGAAAAAAGAAUUAUUGUGAAAGGAAUCUAGUUUCAGUUAAGAGUAUAUAUACAUUACAGUUUUGUGCCAAUAAAUAUAUUUCUGAAUGCUUAA